GGGCUGAGACGCGGCAGACCUCCUGUAUCCUCCCCCACAUCCCCAAACCACCGCAUCGUAUCUGCAGGCACCGCGACGGGCUUUGACGGAACGCAGCAUGUGCAGGAGUCUGUAACGGUUCUCCCUCUAAAUCUUUCGAGUCAUUUUGUCAAAAGAAUAAUAAUGAUGAGGCGUGACAGGGACAGAGACCGUGAUGAAAGGUCGCGGGACAGGGACCGUGACCGAGAUAGAGACCGUGACAGGGACAGAGAUGUGAAGUCAUCUGUGGUGGCCACCAAGCCAGCUGCAGGCAGUCUGGGCUUCCUUAAGCAGCCUCCCCUACAGCAGCAGAUCAACCCCUUCACCAACCUGCCCCACACGCCACGCUACUAUGAGAUCCUCAAAAAGCGGCUGCAGCUGCCUGUCUGGGAGUACAGAGAGAGCUUCACUGACAUCCUGAUGCGAAACCAGUCUUUUGUGCUGGUGGGAGAGACCGGCUCUGGGAAAACCACGCAGAUCCCUCAGUGGUGUGUGGAGAUGGUGCGCUCAGUGCCGGGACCAAAGAGAGCCGUGGCCUGCACCCAGCCCAGGAGGGUGGCGGCCAUGAGCGUCGCCCAGAGGGUUGCGGAUGAGAUGGAUGUCAUGCUGGGCCAAGAGGUGGGCUACUCCAUCAGGUUUGAGGACUGCAGCUCGGCCAAGACUGUACUCAAGUACAUGACAGAUGGAAUGUUGCUGCGGGAGGCCAUGAAUGAUCCCCUGCUGGAGCGCUAUGGUGUCAUCAUUCUGGACGAAGCCCACGAACGCACUUUGGCUACAGACAUUCUCAUGGGGGUCCUCAAGGAGGUGGUCCGUCAGAGGUCUGACCUGAAGGUCAUUGUCAUGAGUGCAACGCUGGAUGCUGGCAAGUUCCAGGUGUAUUUUGACAACUGCCCGCUUCUAACCAUCCCCGGGCGCACACACCCAGUGGAGAUUUUCUACACGCCGGAACCAGAGCGGGACUACCUCGAAGCCGCCAUCCGCACUGUGAUCCAAAUCCACAUGUGUGAGGAGGAUGAAGGGGACCUUUUGCUCUUCCUCACUGGACAGGAGGAAAUUGAUGAAGCUUGCAAGCGAAUCAAGAGGGAAGUCGACGACCUGGGGCCUGAUGUCGGCGAUAUCAAAAUCAUCCCGCUGUAUUCGACGCUGCCUCCACAGCAGCAGCAGAAGAUCUUUGAGCCACCCCCGCCCAAUAAACCAAAUGGUGCCAUUGGAAGGAAGGUCGUCGUGUCAACAAACAUUGCCGAGACGUCCCUGACCAUCGAUGGCGUCGUGUUUGUAAUUGAUCCCGGAUUUGCCAAGCAAAAGGUGUAUAACCCACGUAUCAGAGUGGAGUCUCUUUUGGUUACAGCCAUCAGCAAGGCUUCAGCCCAGCAGAGGGCAGGUCGUGCUGGACGAACAUGCCCAGGAAAGUGUUUCCGCCUUUACACAGAGAAAGCUUACAAGACAGAAAUGCAGGACAACACGUAUCCAGAGAUCCUGAGGUCGAAUCUGGGCUCUGUGGUGCUGCAGCUGAAGAAACUGGGUAUAGAUGACCUGGUGCACUUUGACUUCAUGGACCCACCAGCCCCAGAGACCCUGAUGCGAGCCCUGGAGUUGCUGAACUACCUGGAAGCUCUCAAUGACGAUGGUGACCUGACGGAGCUGGGCUCCAUGAUGGCAGAGUUCCCCUUGGACCCCCAGCUGGCCAAGAUGGUCAUCGCCAGCUGCGAAUUCAACUGUUCGAACGAAGUCCUCUCCAUCACUGCCAUGUUGUCAGUCCCACAGUGCUUCGUCCGACCCACGGAGGCCAAGAAGGUGGCUGACGAGUCCAAGAUGCGUUUUGCCCACAUCGACGGAGACCAUCUGACGCUGCUCAACGUAUACCACGCCUUUAAACAAAACCACGAGUCCACUCAGUGGUGCUACGACAACUUUGUCAACUACCGCUCGCUGAUGUCAGCAGACAACGUACGGCAGCAGUUGUCCAGGAUCAUGGACCGUUUCAACCUGCCGCGAAGGAGCACUGAGUUCAGCAGCAGAGAAUACUACAUCAACAUCCGCCGAGCGCUGGUCACUGGCUUUUUCAUGCAGAUUGCUCACCUAGAGCGCACCGGCCACUACCUGACAGUGAAGGACAACCAAGUCGUACAGCUGCACCCCUCCACUGUACUGGACCACAAACCAGAGUGGGUGCUGUACAACGAGUUUGUACUCACCACCAAAAACUACAUCCGCACAUGCACAGACAUCAAACCAGAGUGGCUGGUGAAAAUUGCCCCGCAGUACUAUGAGAUGAGUAACUUCCCCCAGUGUGAAGCAAAGAGACAGUUGGAGCGUAUCAUUGCAAAAGUCUCAUCCAAGGAAUACACUCAGUACUAAGAACGUUUGCAUGUGCUGCAGCAGCAUCCCCAGUAUCUGUACAAAGUCAAAUCUGAACUCCAUUUGAGUGUUCUAUAUUUUUUUUAUAUCCACCAACAACCUCAUUUUUGAAUUCUAUUUUUGUCUCAGUGUACCUGAUGCAUUUUAAAAAUGAUUGUUGGACUGUGUUCUGUUACCUUUAAGGGCCAAUUUGUGUCUUUUUUUUAAUAUUUUUUCCUCAAAGGAAAUAGGGUUAAGCACUACUAGAAAUGAAUGGACUACAAAUGACUGCUCGUCAGGAAUUUAGUCAUUACCCAUUCUUGUCUGAAGCAUGAUAUGUGAUGUAAAUUUCAACAUUCCUGCUAAAGACAUCCAUAAUAACAAAAGCCGGCUCAAGAUUCUUUGCUGUUGCUUUGCUUGUUCUGCUAAAACAGCAUUAAUCUAUGGAUAGGCCUUUUGAUCAAAUGUAAUUUAUACUGUAUUUUGAUGCAGGCGUAAUUUAAUGUUCUCUUGUCAUGGAGAUACUAAGAGGUUCACAUUUCCUGUCAACUGUUCUACUUAAUAAAAAUGACUUUGAAAUAAAA